CAUUGGAUCAAUAUUUCUUUCUUUGCUCGUUCUCUUCAUUCAAUUGACAGGUUAGAAUGAAAUAUUUUGCUAAAUUCUCACUUCUGGGUUUGGCUUCUGCCAGUCUCAGCCCUACACCCAUCUUGACUGGCACGUCCGUUCCAACCUCCCUUGGCUCGUUCAAUCUCACCAGAGGCGCAGCAUGUGCAUGCCAGAAGCUUUCCCACUACUCCAGCGGAGUCAUUCUCCCGAAUGGCACAAACUAUACUGCUGAGACUGUGGACUCCUACUGGGAUGUUCGGACUGAUCUGUCUCCUGCUUGUGUUUUCCUUCCUGCAACUCCAAAUGAGGUGGCGCACGCCCUUGAGAUAUUCGACGUCUGUAAUGCACAGUUUGCGGUCCGCGGUGGAGGACAUAUGUGUUACCCGGGAUCAAACAACAUCGACGGUGGUGUCCUCAUGGGCCUUUCAAGGCUGAACAACGUUAAAGUCAAUGAUGACACCAUUGAAGUAGGACCAGGUCUUACCUGGUAUGAUGUCUACUCAGCUCUCGAGCCUCGCGGUCGCGUCGCCAUCGGCGGUCGAUUGAAGACAAUCGGUGUUCCUGGACUGACUCUCAUUGGCGGCUUUCACUAUUUCAACAACAAGUAUGGAUAUGCCAUGGACAAUGUGAUCAGCUACAACGUUGCUCUUGGAAACGGCACCCAGAUCACCGUGAACAAGGACUCUCAUGCGGACCUCUUCUGGGCUUUGAAGGGCGGUGCCAAUAACUUCGGCAUCGUAACCAAGUUCACACUGAAGACCUACGACAUGCCAAACGUCAGCACGACCAUCCAGACAUACAAUGAAAGUGGGAUUCCGGAUUUCAUGGCCGCGGUUUGCAAUGCUGCCAAGCUCGACGAGGAGAACCCCAUUGCGGCCGGUAUGGUCGCUUCGAUAUCAUACAAUGUUACCACGAAAGCGGCAUCGGCUUCGCUACUUGGUGUGCAGGAAGGCUCCGACAGUCCUCCAUCUCAGUUUGCCAACUUCUCCGCUAUUCCGGCAACGAGCAGAACCAAUAAUGUCCAAACAAUGAAGAAAUGGGCAGGAACUCUGGACUCGCCUAAGCAAAUGUUCCGAGUCAUGUAUUCCCACAAGAGCAUGAAGCCAGAUCCAGAUGUUCUUUACUCACUCUACAAGAUAUGGAAGGACGCGGUCAACGAGAUCUCCGAUGUUGAGGGUCUUUAUCCAACAUUUGUGACCAACGUGCAUGCGCCCGGUUCUGCGCGAGUUGCACAGAACAACGGUAUUGGCAAUGUCUGGGGUCUGGAAGCAGAGCCUCUGAUUUUGUGGCAAUUUAGCACCGGAUGGGCACUGGCGCAGGACGAUAUUCGCGUUCAAGCCUGGUCGCGCCAGCUUACUGAGCGACUUCAUGCUAUCAACAUCGAGAAGGGACUUGCCUCUGACUUUGUCUACAUGGGCGAUGCAGGUGAGUGGCAGGACCCCUUUUUAGGAUUCCCGGCCGAGAAUGUAGUCCGCAUGAGAGACAUCAGGGCAUCUUACGAUCCCCGGGGCAUUUUCUCGCGACUCAAUUGGGGUGGUUUCAAGCUUGGUGUGUGAAGGAAAUUCGGUCCAUAGUGUGACGGCUCAACGCCGUCUCAUGUGGCUGAUAUCGAUAAAACACCGCCAUACAAGCAAACAAAGAGAGCACUUGGCGCGGCCACAGAACCCAUGGAUAAAAACCGCUUUCUCCUAUAGAUAGAUUCCUUUCCUUCUUUU